CAUUGUGGGUGAUAAGCGCGUGACCAGGUCAGCGGACUGUGUCAAUGACUCAAUCCAAUAUUUCCAUCACAUGAACAUUUAUUUACAAGAAUCCUGAAAAAAAUACCUCAAAAUGGCCCUUAACGAUGCUGAAGUUAAAAAACAGAUCGAACACAUGAUGAAAUUCAUCGAACAGGAAGCCAAGGAAAAGGCCGAAGAGAUCGACGCUAAGGCUGAAGAGGAGUUUAAUAUUGAGAAAGGACGGCUUGUACAGCAAGAGAGGCUUAAGAUUAUGAAUUACUAUGAGAAGAAAGAAAAGCAAGUGGAACUCCAGAAGAAAAUUCAGAGGUCAAACCAGCUGAACCAGUCAAGGCUCAAAGUUCUUAAAUCUCAAGAUGACCAUAUAAAGAGAAUUCUUGAUGAAGCUGUUGAACGGCUUGGUAAGGUAACCCAGGAUCAGGGGAAAUACCAGCAGAUUAUCCAAGGUCUUAUUACACAGGGGCUUUAUCAACUUCUUGAAUCCAAGGUGCUGAUAAGAUGCCGAAAGCAAGAUGUAUCAAUAGUGAAGGCUGUGUUUGGCCCUGCAACUGAGGAGUACAAAAAGCAAACAAAGAAAGAAAUUGAGUUGACAGUAGAUGAACAGAACUUCCUUGGCCCUGACUGCGCCGGUGGAAUAGAGCUGCAUGCCAAGCAAGGCAAGAUCAAAGUUGUGAACACUCUAGAAAGCAGACUGGAAAUGUUGGGCCGACAGAUGAUGCCUGAGAUAAGAGAAAUACUGUUUGGCCGAAACAAAGGACGACACUUUUUAAAUUAGUUAUUAUUUAUAAAUGAUUUACAAUUUAAGUUGGGAAUUUCAUUAUAUUCAGUCGCUGUGGAUAGAAACAGAAGCCAUUCAUAUGGAGAAUAUUGAAAAGAAUAUUGAAGCCAUAAUGUGGUAGGAAACAUUGGGAAGUGCAAAAUACCACAUAUUAUAAUAAUCAUUCCUUCCUUUGUAAUUAGGAUAUUUCCAAAUCUAAAUAUCGUGAUCAAAGAGAAAUUGAUUGGGUUGGAUUUGUCUUGGUGUUUCUUGCAUGUUUGACCUGUAUCUAUUGUCAACUUACAACUCUUGAAAUAAAGCAAAUUUAAAUUCAA